GGCGUUCAGGAAAUUUCCAUAUAUAACGUUCUCUGUUUACUGCUUAAGAUUUAUACAUGUCUAUCUCUCUCACAUCUGUGGACAACCUAGAAAGCUCUGGCUCGUCCAGGAGAAAUCUAGAAUGUUUUCUGUUUUCAUACUCUCCAUCAGCUGUUUCUUUGACAGUGACAUUUCGCAGUGUUUGAUCUUUUCGGCAAUAGGUGGACAUUGUUUUCUAAUUUCCAAAUAAAGGUGUAAAAGGCUACUAUCCGGCGUUUUGCAAACAUUUUUGUGCGUAAGCCCGUGCAGUUUAGCUACAAUCAGUCUUAAAUAUCUUUGUUAUCAAAGUUAAAAGACCAGUCACUUGUAUGGACCAUUUAAACAUGACUGGAGACACAACUCAACAGAACCCCCCGUCUGUCUUUGGUUUCGACCAUUAUCCACCACAGCUUCAAGUGAACUGGAACCAGUCUAAUCCAUUUGGGCUACCAACAAGCCCAACAUGUCAAUCUCAAUUCAAUCCUGGAAUACCAGCAGGGAUACAGUCGCCAGUUUGUUCUCCCCAACCAGUCUUCCAUACUGCAUUUAACCCCAUAGAGGUACCCCAGCAAAAUCAGUAUGCUCCAACUAUUCAACAGCAAACUGGUAGUACAUCAUAUAUUUCAACUAGCCCUCCUAAUUUAAUAGGACAUCAGUUUGGAUUCAAUGUGACAUCGUUCUCACAACCUCAGCCAAGUUACUCAUUUGGCCCUAAACCUUCUACAAGUAAUAAUGAGGUUGUACAGUUUCCAUUUCAAGCUGCCAAUCUUUAUAGGUGUAAAAGGAAAACGGACUCUCCUCCGCUUCAGCCUAGCAAGCAACAUGUCACAGAGGAAAAGAUGGCAGAGCACAUGUCCAAAUUGCACAUUAACUCUGAAUCAGCACCAAAAUCAGAGACAACAGAGAAUCAAAUGAAGAGACUGUACAUGUGUGAAGAGAUGAGAAAACUACAGACUGAACCUAUUUUGCCAAACUCCAUCAUUCACAGAAUGUCACAACCAUGUACAGCAUUGGUUCUCUGGAGACCUCCCAAUGCAAGACCAUUGCCCCUUGAUGAUGAAAACCAGAAUAAUAACAACAAUGAGUCUGAAAUGGGCGACAACUCGGCAAAUGUGACGCUCCCUACUAUGGAGAUGGAUAGUUAGCUCAAUGGAAACAAAUGGUGGGAGAGGUACCUUUAAGUCUGAUGCAAUUUCUUGUAUGUCAUACUAAUACUAUGAUUGGUGUAGGUUGUCCACUGGUUCUGUUGUACUCUUUUCUAUACCUCUAUUAAACCACUUUUCCUAAGCAGUGUAGUACAAUUUUGUAUCCAGAUGAUUUAUAACAAAGUGACUUAAUAUGUCAAUAAAAUUAACUUUUUGCAUUUACCUGUGGGUAUCCUACAGGAAGUAGUUGUUAGUUAGUACCAAGGACAACCGCUGCUGUAAACCAAGCAAAUACUAUUUUCUAAUCGUAUUUUAUAUUAUAGGUGACAAAGUGUACCCUAUUUCACGAGUAUCCAUCUUGACGUCUACUGAUGUGAACAGCUGAUCAGCAAGUGACAUGGCAAUAAUGAAUCUGGUGUAAAUCUAGUAAAACUUGUUUGUGGCGUUUUGUUUUUUGUAUGUAAAUGAACUUUUCUAAAUAAAAGAGCUGUUAGCAAGUACAAAAGAAAUCUGCUAGUAUACAAAAACCAAAACGAAAUAUGGCUCUGACUACCUGGCGUUCACGGAUCCGUCCUGUGCUGAUAUGGGGAAAUUUGGGAUAUUAUUAGACAAUCAGCUGUCAUUCUACCGUGAUGAAUACUUGUGAAAUAGGGUAUAAUGAUAUUGAAGAUAUAUCAAUUGGUUGUUUGACAUCACUCCAGUACGUACGUAGCACGUCUAGAAGAUGAUUACAUGAAAAAGUUUUUAACGGUAUUUUGUUGAUGCUAUUUACUCAAAACAAAAAUUGAGCAUUUUCAUAAUUGUAUAUUGUAAGUCAUUUGGAAAGUUGUCUUAUCAUUGUUCAAAAAUUUGCGAUAAUUUUUUUGUAUGUUAUUAAAAAAAAUACUAUAAAUUUAAUGCAUUUCAAAGCUUCCAAAAUGUUUUUGCUGGUCUUGAAAUCAAUUCAUUGUGUUGUUAACUUCUCAAUCAAUAGUUGGUUUCUGGUGCUUGAUUGUUUUGCCUUUCCAUUUUUACUUUGUUGCAUUAAAUCCCAUUCUCACAUUAACAAGUCUUCUCACUUUCUUUCUUCAGUUGUUUCAGAUUUGCAAUGCAUCUAGGGUAAAAGUGGAAUAGCAACGAUAUCAGUACUUUUUUAAGAAUGUUUUGUACUUUUUAUUUUUAGUGUGUACAUGAC